AUGGGUUUAAUUAUAUUAAAUAUAUCUAAGAAAACGAAGUAUUUAAGUGCUAUUUUUAUUUUAAAUGAUAGGAAAUUAUAUGAAGCUAGUUAUAAGUAGUUCAAGGUUAGAAUAGUUAAUGAAAUUCAAAGGGAAACAUGA